AUGUUUGCGUUCGCGUUAUCUAACGACGUUGAAGACGCUGUUCACGAAGUUACCUCGACAAAGGAUGGUGCCACAUGGUGUCCAGUUGCAUUGGUUGGAACGCAGUGCCCUUCAUCGAGCAUUUUCCAUUAUUAUAAAUGCUGUGGAACGGCCAAUAAGGAUUGCUGCUUCAAUCUUCAGGUAACGCGAUCACUUCUGAGUUCAUUCACUGCUCCUGCAGUGUUGAGCUGA